AUGGUUAUUUCGUUAACCUGUUUUAUUCUAGGCGACACUACUGACAGUAUUUUUACAAUUAGACUUUCUGAUCUAGUAAUCGUAGAUAAGACUGAAAAUACUGAAGUCGAAAUUAGCAAACUUAAGAUCUCAGAUCUCAGAGAGUAUAUCUGGAGAAAAAAGAAGCUUGAAACUCAUAUUGAUAAUCAUAGAGGUAUGAGUCUUUGGAAGGUCAAUAGUAAAGACAAACUUGAAGGUGUUUCUACUGAAGAGGAAAUAAGGACGAAACUCGAAGGCAAGAAAAUGGAUACAAACAAAUUAUUUAGAAAUGAAGAGUAUUUUCUGGCUGAUCAUUCUUCUGAUACAAUUGAGAAUGUUCACAUUAUCGUCAUAAUCCCCACUACUUCAGGUCCCUUUCAACAAGGCGUUCCACAAGACUUUGAAUUGUUUAAGAGAGAUGACACUAUUGAUGUCCUAUGGAAUGGCUUUAUAACUUUAAGUGGAAUCGCAACCCGAUUUGAAAAUCAUGAUAGAAAUGACAAAGGUCUUCAUCCAAUUCCUGUCUUAGCGGGCAGACCUGGAGUUGGAAAGAGCAGAUUUUUAGACAAAGUUGAAGAAUUAAUCAAGAAAAAAGCUGAGAAAUCUCACAAUAAUGCUUUCACAAAUAUGAUUGUUAUCAAUACAACCUACGGAAAUUCAAACAUCGCUGAUGAUAUUGAUGAAAAGAUGAAAGCACAGGCAUCUCUUGCAAUACGUAUUCUAUUUGAAUACUUUCGACCAAAACACAAAGAUUAUGCUCAGAACUAUAAUUUUACCAGCUUUCGCUCAUGCUGUAUACAAGAUAAUUCAGAUAUUUCAUAUUUUACCCUGGACAUUGCUCUUCAAAUUAUUUACAAAGACUUUGUGCAAAUUAAUCCAACAACACCUAAUCCUCUACUGGCACUGGUCUUUGGUAUCAACGAGUUUAAUAAAUUAUAUAUUCAAAACAAAGAUGUCUGUAGGAAUCUUAUACACGCCAUUGGAGGGUCGAUGUGUGGACCACCUCCAAACAUAUUUUUCAUCCCUAUUCUAGCUGGAACAAUUAAAGGACCCUUAAAUGAUUAUAUUUCAGAUUCUAUACACCAACCACUUUCCCUUCCAUUACACCGCAAAGCCAUGAAUCUAUUUGAUGAUCAAUAUGUCAAGUUUCAUCCUUAUUUUCAAAUAAGUAUUGGUGACAUUGGAGGACACACAAAACUUUGGAGUAUUUUUACGAAAUUUUCAUGA